AUGCAGCAAGCUCAGGUUGGGGUGUCCUUUAAAGAGGUGGCUGUGUAUUUCACCAAGAAGGAGUGGACCCUGCUGCACCCAGCCCAAAGAUCUCUCUACAAGGAAGUCAUGCUAGAGAAUUUUGGGAACAUAGCUUCUCUGGGACCCAAGAUGGUGGAACCUGGCCUUAUAUCCCAGCUGGAAGAGGAGGAAGAGCUGUUUCUCCUGAGUUCUGAUGAAGAGGAAGGACCUGCAGGUGACGUGUGGGAGUCAGAGAAUGAAGAAAAAGAUCGUCCCAUAUGGGAGAAAGAGGAUAUAACUCACACAGGGGAGAAACCAUACACGUGCAUGGAGUGCGGGAAAAGCUUCAGUCAGAAUAACAGUCUUAUUUCCCAUCAAAGAAUUCACACAGGGGAGAAACCAUAUAAAUGCCUGGACUGUGGGAAAUGCUUCCGUGAGAGUGGAAAACUUACUACUCAUCAAAGGAUUCACACAGGUGAGAAACCAUAUCAAUGCCUGGAGUGUGGGAAAAGCUUCAGUCGGAAUGACAGUCUUACUGUCCAUCAAAGAAGUCACACAGGGGGGAAACCAUAUAAAUGCCUGCAGUGUGGGAAGAGCUUCAGUAGGAGUGGAGAUCUCACUUUCCAUCAAAGAAUUCACACAGGGGAGAAACCAUAUAAAUGCCUGGAGUGUGGGAAAAGCUUCAGUCGGAAUAACAGUCUUACUUCCCAUCAAAGAAUUCACACUGUGGAGAAACCAUAUAAAUGCCUGGAGUGCGGGAAAUGCUUCAGACAUAAACUCAGUCUUACUUUCCAUCAAAGGAUUCACACAGGAGAGAAACCAUAUCAAUGCCUGGAGUGUGGGAAAAGCUUCAGUCGGAAUGACAGUCUUACUGUCCAUCAAAGAAUUCACACAGGGGAUAAACCAUAUAAAUGCCUGGAGUGUGGGAAAAGCUUCAGUUUGAGUAACAGUCUUACUUCCCAUCAAAGAAUUCACACAAGGGAGAAACCAUAUCAAUGCCUUGAAUGUGGGAAAAGCUUCAGUCACAGGGGAAACCUUGCUACCCAUCAAAAAAUAAUUCACACAGGGGAGAAACCAUUUCAAUGCCUGGAAUGUGGGGAAGGCUUCAGUUGGCAUAGCAGUCUUAGUUUCCAUCAAAAAAUUCACACGGGGGAGAAACCCUAUGAAUGCCUGGAGUGUGGGAAAAGCUUCCGUUCGCGUGGAUAUCUUACUGCACAUCAAAGAGUUCACACAGGGGAGAAACCAUAUAAAUGCCUGGAGUGUGGGAAAUGUUUCACUCAGAGGACAGCCCUUACUUCCCAUCAAAGAAUUCACACAGGGGAGAAACCAUAUAAAUGCCUGGAGUGCGGGAAAAGCUUCCAUAGGGGUGGAAAACUUACUACCCAUCAAAGAAUUCAUGCGGGAGGAACCAUAUAA